CCCCGCGUCCAAUGAAAACGCCGGCUAGGGUGAGUCGACGCCCGUGUGCGCUAGGAGAUACAAACUUCCAUUCUUCGGCAUGGCGUGCAUUACGGAAACGGAGAGCAUCAAGCAGGCUGUCUCCAUCAUCAACACCAUAGACGAUGCCAAGUUCCCUCGCCUCCUGUCCCGCAUUCUGCAGAAACUUCACCUCAAGGAUGAAAGGAGUUUCAGUCCAGAGGAGGAGGAGAAGCUGAUGGUGGCUCUGGAUCUGCAGCAACCGCAGCUGGAGCUCACCCUCGAGACCUGCACUUUCAUCCUCCAGCAGGCCGCCUACCACAGCUGGAAGCCGGCCGUGAUGGAGAAGCAGCUGGCGCAGCUGCAUGUGACGGAGGCCAAGUGCCACGCGUUCUUGGAGGCGUGGGCUGCCGGCGGGCGAAAUGCCGUGGACAGGCUGCGCCAGCGAUCGAUGGCGCCAAAGACGCUGGAGUCGAUGAGCUGGCAACUGAACCUCCAGCUGGCGCAGACGACACGUGCGAGAAUCAAGACCCCAUCAGCCGUGCUGGAGCUUGGGAUCCAAAGCAAUGACAACCAAGAGCUGGAGAAAGUGCAGAUGGAGCUCACGCACCAGGAGCUCUUCGAGUUCUACAAGAAGUUGGAAGUGAUACAGAGUCAGCUGGAUGCGCUGUCAUGAACACAGUGGUCUCAUGCUGAGGCUAGGUAUGAAGUUCUGCUGCAUCCCAAGCCGGGCCUGGUCAUGAAAUAAGAAUUAGUGGUGGACAUCCAAGAGGUCGUGUGAGGACAGUGCAGUGGAAGGACCAUUAUCAACUGCACGGUCAUGUUCUCGUCAGAACAAAAUAUGGGACUGGAUUGAGAUUUCACUUCAUGCGUUAUGAUUUGAGACUCACAGCUAUGAUGUUUUCUUUUUUGUAUGAGAGUACAGUUGUCACGCGCUGUGAUUAUUUUGCACAAAUUGCUUCAUCAAUAAAGUGUACAUAUGGUAGA